AUGAAGUCCACGUUCGUCACCGUGAGCACCACCAGCUUCGAUGAGCUGAUCGCCGCGGCCCGCUCCCCGCCUCCCCGCCCGCGCUGCAGCAGCAGUGCCGGGGCGCCUGAGGGCGCCGUGGCGGUUCGGGGGUGCCCGGCGGAGAAGCAUGAAGUGUUGCUUGAGGAAGGGGAGGGACGGCCUGCGCUGCAGAGCCGCGGGUACCAGAAGCUGGUGCUGCAGGCGGGCUGGGGCUCGCUACCGCAGCCGCAGCCCAGCAGCAGCCCGGCCGCGGCGGUGGAAGCGUUCCGGUUCAAGGACUCGCUGGCUGAGGAGCUGCAGAGCGCAGACCUGGUCAUCAGCCACACACGUGCUGGUAGCUGGCUGGAGACUCUAGAGAAUGGAAAACCACUAAUAGUAGUAAUAAAUGACAAGCUGAUGAACCAUCAGCUUGAGCUGGCCAAACAGCUGCACAGAGAUGGCUGUGUCCUCUACUGUAACUGCAGGUAUGGAGCUGCUGGGGCUACAAUGCAGUCAAUGAACUUGUCAGCUUUGAAACCUUUUCCUCCUGGACAGCCAGAAAAGUUUGCUUCAUUCUUGAAUAAAGUUCUUGGGUUACAAUAA